AGUACUGCCGAGAACCAGCAGUUGUUAGAGCAGGGAUCGGCACCGAUCAUCAGGGCACUCGGUGCCCAGCAGUACCACCCACAACUGUGCCCAGCAGUGCGCCCACUAACUCCACCCAGCAGUGUGCCCACUAGCUCCGCCCACCUGUGCCCAGCAGUGCAUCCACUUGUGCCCAGCAGUGCACUCACCUGUGCCACCCAGCAGUGUCACACAAGUGUGCCCAGAAGUGCCACCUACCUGUGCCCAGCAGUGCCACCCACCUCUGCCCAUCAGUGCAGCCCAGCAGUGCUGCCAGUCAGUGGCACCAGUCAGUGCCCAGCG